CUGACAAUUGGUUAGCGUGAAAGUCAUCGCACAAGAAUGCGGAAGUCGUGUUGUCUACUGAGUCACCGUUGUGUCAGCUGAUUCUUUCUGAGAGCCGUCGCUGGCACAGCAGAGCCCAGUAGACAGGAGGAGAGGGAGGGAUCUGAAGAGGAGCACCCAGACCAACUGUCUAAAGCACUGGCUGGCAGCAUGGGUGAAGAGGGGCCUCCCAGUCUGGAGUACAUCAAGGCCAAGGACCUGUUCCCCCAGAAGGAGCUGGUGAAGGAGGAUGAAUGCCUUCAGGUGCCAUUCCCAGUUCUUCAGGGGGAAGGGGUGGAAUAUCUUGGUCAUGCUGAUGAAGCCAUCAUUGCCAUUUCUAACUACAGGCUCCACAUCAAGUUCAAGGACUCUGUCAUUAACACCUACCCUGGUGUGGACAAUGAGAUAUCUGUGCCUCUCAGGCUGAUCGAGGGUGUGGAGAGCAGAGAUAUGUUCCAGCUGCACAUCAUCUGCAAAGACUCCAAAGUUGUCAGAUGCCACUUUGCAACGUUUAAGCAGUGCCAGGAGUGGGUCAAGCGCCUGAACCGGGCCAUAGCUCACCCAUCCCGGCUGGAGGACCUGUUCGCCCUGGCCUAUCAUGCAUGGUGUCUGGGAGGUAGCGCUGACGAUGAGGACCAGCACGUUCAUCUCUGUCGCCCAGGUGAUCAUGUGCGUCAGAGAAUGGAAAUGGAGGUCAAGAGGAUGGGCUUCGACACACAGAACAUCUGGAGAGUGUCAGACAUAAAUUGCAACUACAAGCUGUGCUCCAGCUACCCGCAGAAGCUUCUGGUUCCAAUAUGGAUCACUGACAAGGAGCUGGAGAGUGUGGCUUCCUUCAGAUCCUGGAAGAGGAUCCCUGUGGUGGUCUAUAGGCACCAGAAAAACGGGGCAGUGAUCGCCCGUUGCAGCCAGCCUGAGAUCAGCUGGUGGGGCUGGAGGAACACAGAUGAUGAGUACCUGGUGACGUCCAUCGCUAAGGCCUGUCAGAUGGACGCUGGAGCCAAGGGUAACUGCGGAGCACCAGCCUGCCGACAACGCGGGGAAGCUCCCGACUCCUCGGAUAGUGACUUUGACUCCUCUCUGACGGGCGGCCCUGGCUGCGAUGAUAACACUGUGCCACAGAAGCUACUGAUUCUGGAUGCUCGCUCAUAUACCGCCGCAGUGGCUAACCGAGCCAAAGGCGGAGGCUGUGAAUGUGAAGAGUACUACCCCAACUGUGAGGUGAUGUUCAUGGGAAUGGCCAACAUCCACGCCAUCCGGAACAGCUUCCAGGCUCUGAGGACCGUCUGCAGUCAGAUCCCAGAUCCAGGAAACUGGCUUUCAGCACUCGAGAGCACCCGUUGGCUGCAGCACCUGUCUGUCAUGUUGAAGGCAGCCACCCUGGUGUGUUCAGCGGUGGAGAGGGAAGGCCGUCCUGUCCUGGUGCACUGUUCGGACGGGUGGGACCGAACACCCCAGAUCGUAGCCCUUGCCAAGAUCUUGCUGGACCCCUACUACAGAACAUUAGAGGGUUUCCAGGUACUUGUAGAGACUGAGUGGUUGGACUAUGGCCAUAAGUUUGGGGACCGCUGUGGCCACCAGGAGAAUGCUGACGAUGUGAGCGAACAGUGUCCUGUCUUCCUGCAGUGGCUUGACUGUGUUCACCAGCUGCUCAAACAGUUCCCCUGCCUUUUUGAGUUCAACGAAGCCUUCCUGGUCAAGUUGGUGCAGCAUACGUACUCGUGUCUUUACGGCACGUUUCUCUGUAACAAUGCUCGUGAGAGGGAGGCGAGGAACAUCUACAAACGCACCUGUUCUGUGUGGUCUCUGCUUCGCACAGGAAACAAGAACUUCCAGAACUUCCUCUACAUCCCCAGUCAUGAUAUGGUGCUGCAGCCAGUCUGCCACACUCGGGCAUUACAGCUGUGGACAGCUGUUUACCUGCCCACCUCCUCGCCCUGCACCGCUGUGGAUGAUUCGAUGGAGCUCUACCUCCCCCCAAGUGUCACAGGAGACGAACUCACCUCCCGUUCCCUGGACAGACUUCCCAAGACCCGCUCCAUGGACAACCUGCUGACAGCUUUCGAGAACGGGGUGCCCCUGACGCGUACAUCCAGCGACCCCAAUCUCAAUAAGCACUGCCAGGAGGGUCGCUCUGCCCAGGAGCCCUCGCCUGCCAUGGAAGAAACUACUGCAGACUGCUCCAAUGAGGUCAUACCUGACACUGGACUGGACAGCGCUGAGGGACAACCUCUACGUCAGAGUCCUGCCAAGACCCCAGAGGAUGUCCCAGGUGCAGAGAGCUGUGAAGACACAGUGGAUGAGCCCUGUCUCACCACACAGCCCCUGCCCUCUCUGCCCCUCCCCCCUGUCCCUCUCAGAGAGGACAUCACACUUGCUCACACUCCUUUCCCAACUCCUGUCCUCCAACAGGCCUUGCCUCACAUUACAAACCCUCCACGUCCACCACCUCCGCUGGAGGCUGAGAACCCCAAAAGGACUGCUGAGAGCACCACAUCACCCAAUCAUAAAUCAGAGCCGUGUUUACCUCUCCCCUGCAACGGCACCCUACCCACAGCCACCACGCCCAACUCGCUGCUUAAUGGCCACACUGGAGGCCAAGCAAAUGGCCUCCCAGAAUCUGCAGGCCUGCUGGCUCUGAAGCAGCUAACAGCACUCCUUCCCAUGGAGGACUCCACUGAGACCAUCACAGAUGAGGGAGAACUUCCCCCCGCCCUGCCCCCCACAGUGAGCCAGGAUCUUACCCAGAAUUUAAACUAUGAUGAGCAUCCUGAGUCACAGCCGCAGGUUCAACUCCAAAAGGAGAAAGAGGACAUGAGGUCAGAUGUAGUGAAAGGAAGAGAGCGUGUGCUAACAGUUGCAGCAGCACCUGUAGACUGCACCCAGGUGGCAGGUCACCAUCUGAUCUCCCAGAGCCAGCUCUCAGACCUGUCCCUGCUCGGAUCUCACUGGGAAAGCGUCCCGGGUCUGGUCCAGUCCGCCUGCAGUAAUGCCAGUCACUCUGGAGUCAGCCGGGCCUUGCAGCCCAGCACUUACCAGAGCCGUCGGCUUGCCAGUAAGCUGCUCCGCUCCCAGGGCUUCGCCAUCGCCAAUGGGUCCCAGUGCUGCCGCAGGGAGGCUCUUUGUUGUCCCAGCAGCCCUCUGCAGCCUGGAUGGCUGUCUCCUGCCAGGAGUGCAGGCUACAUCGGCCUGUGUGGGCCUGCUGCUGCUGCCCUCAACAGCUACUCCCUGGCAGGCCAUCAGUUCCUGCCGGUGUCGUACUCCUCACCUUCUGCUUCCAGCUCCCCUCCCCCAGCCCAGGCCCCAGCUUACCUUGACGAUGACGGGCUGCCGGUCCCCAUGGACGCCGUGCAGCAGAGACUGCGACAGAUUGAGGCAGGUUACAAGCAAGAAGUGGAGGUGCUGCGGCAGCAGGUGCGACAGCUGCAGAUGAGGCUGGAGAGUAAACAGUACGGCAGCCCUCCCUCAGAGCCAGACAUUGACUAUGAGGAUGACAUUACAUGUCUGCGGGAGUCCGACAACAGCAAUGAGGAGGAUUCUCUGUCCACCCACAGUGAGGACCGUCUGUCUGAGGGCAGCUGGGAUCGAGUUGAGCGCAAGGACACAGAGGUCACGAGGUGGGUGCCCGACCACAUGGCCUCCCAUUGUUUCAACUGUGACUGUGAGUUCUGGAUAGCCAAGAGACGUCACCACUGCAGGAACUGUGGCAAUGUGUUCUGUAAAGACUGUUGCCAUCUGAAGCUGCCCAUCCCAGACCAGCAGCUGUAUGACCCAGUGCUGGUCUGUAACACCUGCCACGACCUGCUCUUGGAGUCCCGCACCCGCGAGAUCCGCAGCCAGCAGCUCAAGAAGGCCAUUGCUACAGCCUCCAGCUGAGAGAAGCGUCGCGUAGCACGGCCCGCCUCGGCUCUGUCCUGCUCGUUUUGGACCGAUGAGCCUAGCGCCCCGUUGUAACCCCGACCUACUGUGGCUUCGGCUGCAGGAGAGGGUGAAUAGGAGGAGGAACUGUUACUCUUUGAGAGGCUCGGUUUGCACUGUGAGACUGUCUGAGAGGCGGUGAAGAGGCAAGGGAAAGUCUGAGAGGGAGGCGUGUCGGCAGGGGAGGUUUUCCUACGGAACAAACCCCUUCUGUUCAAAGACAUUUUCAGCCUGGAGCGCUGCAGCGUCCUGCUGCCUCCGCACGGCUCAGUCCUCUAGCGGUGACCUGUCCGAGGCACAUCUCCAACCUGUCCACCCACCUUUAGUACCAACACCUGCACCCUCCUUACAGACACUGUCUCGCACUUCAGAGGACAAUCACUCACCCUUCCACGUGUCGGGGACUCCAAAGCCUUUACCUGUACUAUUUGAGGCUUUCAACUUCAAAAGAAAGGAAUUGCUGCUACAGUAUUUAAAAGUCUAAUUUUGUAUUCUUAUUUUGUGCACUACUAGCUGUUGUGUAUUUGAGGGAAUUUGAGACCAAACUUGAGCAAAAGGGAGAAAUCUGCUGUUUACUUUGCCAUCGCAUCUUUUUUCUUAGAGCCUGAAUGUAAUAUGUAAUGGGUAACUGGAUCGAGUUUAUGUUCUUGUGCAUUAGGUGGGUUGUAUAUGUGUUCAUUGCUGCAAUGUGUUUUCAAAAUUAUGUAUAUGCACAGUCGAUGUGGUUCUGUCUUUAUCAAUGCUUUUCUCCGGCAUAGCCAUGUUGCGACAUUAGACAUUCUGGGGGAUGUGUAUGGACAAACUGAUGCAAUGCUGCGCGUUUUUUGUUUUGUGGGACAUGUGCUUGAUAUGUCAAGAGGAAGAGAACAUGAUGAUGUGAGGAAAGGGUCUAUUGAACGUACUGUUGGUAUCCUGUGAUGUGACAGAGGGAAAUCCCUCAAGGUUUUUCUGCUGAGAUGCUUGAGAAUGAAUGUCCACAUAAAGCUUGAUGUCCAUCUGACUGACGACUCCUCAGAUUGCUAACUGGCAGUAGAGACUGCUCGGGAAAAGACUGAACUGUGUGCUCGGGGUGUCUUGUUCUGUUUAGGGGAGUUUGGCCACAGUCCCUAAAAAUGUGUGUCUACUGGUUGUUCCUUGAGACGAUAGUGCCAUAUUUUGUUUUGUCUAUUUUUCAAGCCUUUUUCUUUCUUACAGAUGGCAGCAGGUUUCUAAUUGGCCUCCUUUCUGUAUGUUUUAAUGGUACAGAUAGUUAGCUGCUUAAUAACACUGAGACAACUAAGGACUAACAAAAGGUUCAGUUUGAUAAUGAGGCUAACCAUUUCAGUGGAUGAUUGGAUGUCAGUGAAUUAGUUAACCUGUGUUGUUAUCCAUCAUCUAAUAUUUGGGAUUUUAUCACAAGGUGUUAAUGAAGUCAGAGUCUUUAAGAGGAGCUCGGAAAUGUACAUAGUUAUCUGAUCCGUAGUGGUGGCUAAAACCUGUCACUUAAUGAAUAAUUGCUGUAAAGAAAUGCACUGUAAAAGUUAAAUCCCAUGGGUUAAAAUAAAAGAUUAUA